ACCCCCAGCCACCUCCUUUCCCGCUCUUAAACCCUGUCUUAAACCUCCCAAAUCACACCAGGAUUCACUGCUUUCUCGCCCCGAUCCAGCCCAGAUAGGGAAAGCCUCUGUCCAAUUUCAGCUCCGAGCUUCGCCUCUGGUUCUUGAGGUCUCGGGUUUGGGGAAUUCCUGGUGCGGUGCCUUUGCUUGUUUGACCCGUCUCUUGGAGUGUGAGCUAGCUCACUCUCGGCGCUACUCCAGAUCUGUGGUGCUCAACCCCAGCAAAACCCUCCACCAAAUCUUCCGUGGCUGAUUUGGGGGAAUUUUUAGGGGCUGGUGUGUUUUCCCCCAAAUUCUUGGAUGCGAUUUCUGCUCAAGUCUCAGUAGUACCGGUGGGGAUGGCGACGUCUCCUGCCGACUCCAUCGCCGCCGGCCGAAGCCGCCGCUUCGAGGCUCCCAGUCCCAGCCCCCGCCCCAAGCGCGUCCGCGUCUUCUUCGUGGACGCCGACGCCACCGAGUCCGAGUCCUCGGGCGGCGAGGAGGCCGAGCCGCGCGGCCGGCGGCGCCUGCUGGAGGUCAUCAACAUCGACGUGAAGGCCGGCUCGACCUCGCCGUGGGCCCCGCCGCCGAACCCGAAGCGGAUAGUCCUGGCGCGGCGGCGCGUGGCCAAGGCCAGCGACCGGCGGCGCUUCCGCGGCGUGCGGCGGCGGCCGUGGGGCAAGUACGCGGCGGAGAUCCGCGACCCGAGCCUGCGGAAGCGGCUCUGGCUCGGCACCUUCGACACCGCCGAGGAGGCCGCCGCGGUCUACGACGACGCCGCCGUGCGCCUCAAGGGCUCCCUCGCCGUCACCAACUUCUCGUCCAGCUCCGACUCCGGCGCGGCCAGCAGGACCCGUCGUCCCAGGCAGCAGGCGAAGGCAGCCGCUCUUCCCGUGGAAACAGCAGCCGAAGCCCUCGCGUGCGCAUCUCCCUCUUCGCCGGAACCGGAGCCGCCCUCGCAGACAGACGACGGCGCUGAGUCGUUCGACCAGUUCGAUUCGUCGCCGGCGCCGGCACCGGAACCGGUGGAGCCCUCGCAGCCGGAGGACGCGGCGGAGUCGUUCAACCCGUUCGCGUCGCCGACCUCCGUCCUGCGGCGCGCCGCUGACGAGCCGCUUCCCCCGGCCUUCGACAUCCUCUACGGCGAGCUGUGCGACCUAGGCGCGGCGCCGGCUUCGAAGGCGGCGGAGUUCGACUGGCAGCUGCAGUGGUGGGAGAACGAGGACUUCGUGGCGCCGGCGGCGGGGCUGACGGCGGGGAGCGCCGUGAGCGUGCAAUGACGGCCCUGCCCCUAGGCCUGGCGUGGCGUUUCCCGCCCUCGGGGCGGGAAGUGGCGGGAGACGCAUGACAGAGCAAGUGGGAGUGGCAGCGGCAGCAGUAUUAUUAUUUUAUUCUAUUAAUUAGUUGUAGCAGUGAAGAAACAGUGUACUACUAGUAGUAGCGAUCGAGGUCGAGGUGGUGGUAAAUGGUCCGUUGCUCUGCUUGUGGUGGUGGUGGUGGGUCCCCGGCAGCAGUCAGUGGCGCCGUGGUGUUGUGCGUGAGCUGCCUUAACUCGCACGUCUCCCCCGCGUGGAAACGGAGCAGUGUAGUCGCGUCGCAGUGCUGGCUGCACACAGCGGCUCAUGUUUUUUUCUGAGGUGGAGAUUU